AUGGCGGCUCCAGAGGAGGGGGGCACCGACGCGCCACCGCGUCCUCCUCCCCCGGCUGAGGGCGAGCCCCCCGGAGCCGCCUGCGGGGAGGCGACCCUGGGCGCGGCGGCGGCGGAAGAAAGCGGCGGCCUCCCGGCCCCGGCAGAGCUGCGGGCGGUUCCGGAGAAGCCGGCUCGGAGCUCGGCCGCUCAGGAAGGCGGCACCGUCCUCUACGCGAGGGCGGAGGAGCAGCCGCCCUCGCCGUCCCGCCACUCCGCCACGCCUCUGGCCCCCGCGGAGCUGCGGAGGGUGAUCGAGAGGGUGAGCAGGGCCCGGGAGCUGCGGGAAGCGUCGCCGCCGCUCCGGGACUGCGGCCCCGAGCCCCCCGCACCGCCGGCAGCCGUCGUGCAGAACGCGGCCCUGCAGCUGCGGAGCGUGGCCCAGCGCGUGGCCCUGCAGCGCGGCGCGGCACCGGCGCCCGCCCGCCUCCUCCCGCGGCAGCAGCUGGAAGCCAUUUGCGUUCAAGUUCAGCCAGGACAGAUGAAGGAAACAGAAAGGCCAGUGCCAUCCUUGGCACCAAUCCAGUCCAAAACUGUAAUGCUGAGUCAGUCUGUUGGUAGAAAUUCCAGCAUGCCAGGACUUGGCAUUAUUAAUCCCCAGAUAAUUAAGAUGCAGCCUGUUACAGGACCUGAGCAGCAGCAGCAGCAGCUUUUCCUGCAUAGUUCUUCUGAGUCUCCAGUUCAGUUGCUUAUGCAGAAACCUUUACCGUCUCAUGGAUCAGUGCCUGUGAACAAGAUUCCUACAUGUAAGGUGCUAAACGGACAGAAAACUGCACGUGCCACAGUAUCACCUGCGAGGUCUUCAAAUAUUGCAGCCAGCUCAACAAACACUCUGAUGCCAUGCCUUGAAAAAAAACAGAAAGAUGACAAGCUAAAAAAGUCUUUGAAAGUGAAAACUCGUUCUGGACGGAUUUCACGCCCUCCAAAGUACAAGGCUAAAGAUUAUAAAUUCAUUAAAAUGGAGGAUUUGGCUGAUAGUCAUCAGUCUGAUUCCGACGACUACUCUGAGCUGAUUAUAGAAGAUGAUGAAGAGGGAAAGGUGAAGGGAAAGGAUGCAUUGUUCAAUUCUUCAAAUUAUAAUCUGAAACCCAAAAUGUUUAAGUGUCAGACUUGUGAAAAGUCCUAUAUAGGAAAAGGAGGAUUAGCAAGACAUUAUAAACUUAACCCUGGUCAUGGACAGCUGGAGUCUGUACCUCAAAAAACACCCUUAAAUAAACCUAAUGGAAGCAUAUCUGUGGACAAUCUCUGCGGAAUAGGAGAGGAAAUUAUGAGUCCAGUGCAUUUGAAUUCCAUUGCUGUCACUUUAAAUAAUGAAAACGCACUACCUACCAAUUUGGAAGAAACUGCUGGCUCACAGGUUGAACAGACUUGUAAGUCUGCAGAAAGCAGAAACCUGUUGGCAGAACAACAGAAUGAAAGCAGUUCAGGACAGCGGGGGCCCAUAACAGCAAAAGGACCUGGAAGACCCAGAAGACCGAAGAGACGCGGUCGACCGAGGGUGGGUGGAAGAUCCAGGUGUUCUGGGAGGCUUAGCAGACCUGGUCAGUCCCCUUCAAAGUCCCUUAGUGGUGUGUCCACAGAGCGCAAUGUAUUCAGAAGAAGAGCUAGGUUAAAAGAGCUAAUACAACAAUGUGAUAAUGAAGAUUUGAUGGAGCUGGUUCUCCCACGUCUUACAGAGCUUGUUACAGUGUAUGAAUUCCUGUUGAUGAAGGUUGAAAAAGGUUGUCCAGCCAAAGCUUACUUCCCUAAUGUGUAUAGAGAAUUUGAAGAGUUGCAUAAUAUGGUAAAGAAAAUGGCUUAUGAUUACCUCAGUAAUUCUGAUUUUCUGAGCUGCCAGCAGCCAAUUGAAAUAAAAGAUGCUAAGGUUGCCGAAUCUCUAGGAAUUGCAGAAAUAACCUCUGGCGAACAAAAGAUGCACGGUGUAGACUCUUGUUCACAGUGCAUAAUUAAAAUGGUUAGCGAGCAAGUGCCUGUGGAGACACUGGGACAAAAACGGUUAGCUGAGAGCUCAGGGGAGGAACUGUUGCCAUCAGCCAAAAGGACCAAGUUAGAAGACGUAAUGGAGAAUGUGAAUAAUGCUUAUUCCAGUCAAGAUGAAGUGAAAGAAAAGAGUGGAAAUUUAUGUGCACUCUUUGAAAAAGAUGGUCUUAAUCCAUUAAAUGGAGAAAUCCUGCUUUCAGAAGACAGACAUGUCACUUGCUGCACAACUGGAAGCAUUGUACCUGCAGAGGAGGAACAUAAUUUACUUGUUGAUUCAGAAGUUAGAAUCAAUGCUGAAAAUUCAGGUACCUUCUCUCAGACUGUGGAAACGAGGAUAGAGUAUUCCCAACCUGUAGAUGGGCAGGGACCAGGUAUUCCAGCUGACACAUCUUUGCUACAUACUGAAAUUAUAUUGCCUGUAGAAGCCGGAGGUGCACCAGAAUUAGCUGAAGUACAUUUGGUGAGUCAAAGCACAGCAGGAGGACUGUCAGCUGCUGAACCCUGCAACUCUGUCUCAGAGCAUGCAGUGGGCAUUCGGAGCACUGACUUGGCAGUCAGUGAGGAAAAUGGUCUCAGUCAAAAAUGUCAGACACCGCAAGAAGAAAACCAGAGUUUUGCUCUGAAAGGACAAUCUGAACAACUUCAUGACGCUGGUAUGGCUGAGAUGCAGGAAAUGGAAAAAGCUUUUUCAACACAUGUGCCAAUAAAUUAUCCACAUGGUGCUCAGGCUGAGUUGCACCAGAAUCCUGUUCAGGAAACCACCCUGUCUGCUGGUGUGAACCAUGACUGCGCUUAUAAUAACAUGAGCGAAUUUUCUUGUGGGACAGAGGAACAACACGAGCUGGAGAAUGCAGUUACUGUAGAUCAAACUGUAGCUUUUGAGAUUACUGAUGAGAGCCAUGACUUCUUGACUCAGGGACAUGAACAGAUUUUUAUUCAGACUUCUGAUGGGCUUAUUUUGUCUCAUCCCAAUGCUGCUGUUUUGUCUCAGGCAGAAGGUAUUGUUAUUGUAACUGAUUCUGAUGGUACUACAAUGCACAUCCGCACACCUGACGGGAUACCUUUGGAAACUGUGGAAGCACUACUGGCAAUGGAAGCAGAUGGCCAAAGCGAAGAUGUUCUGCUCUCACAGAGUGAAUUGGAGCCAUAAAUCAGAAUACUACACAGUCUUUCUUCUGGGAAAGACCGACUAUAUAAAAUGUAUAUUUUUCUAAUGUGAAUAGUGAGAUAACUGAAAUUUAACUUAUUUGUAAACUGUUUCUAUGCCCUAUACUUUUUAUAACUUAUGUUUAUAAAAAUCUAAAACAAUUGCAACCAAAAAUUCUGAAAUUAACAUUGUUCUCCUUGCUUUAUAUGUUGGGGGGGUGGGUAGAAAGUGGAAAUCUGGCAAUCCUAAAGCUGUUGCACUAUUCCUGUUUGUCACACAAUUCCUUUUCUCUCUAGCCAUCUAAAAAUGCAGUAAGUUGUACUGCUUUUUGGCAGUGAUGUGCUGUGUACUGGCAAACUGUGUAUGGGUAAAAUAAAAGCUAUCUGAAAGUA